AUGAAGGUGAAGGCAGCGACGGUCGAGCGCCUCAACAAGGUCGUGGCGUACGAGCUUCAGGAAACGAGGGAGGACAGCAUCCCCGCCCUCGAGAGCAUCUUCAGGAAGUACCAGUUCAUCCUACAUCCUCAGCACUUCCACAUGGUUGGGAUCAAGCACACUCUCUCACAGGUCCUGACGCGGAAGAUCGCCUGCUGCCGCGACCUGCUGAAAGUCCUCGAUGUGCUGGAUCCGGGCAUCUCGCGACUCAGGGGCCUGACCUUAUACGAGCUCCACGCCCCCCUCCUGAUCGCAGCCAACCGAGCCUUUCAGGAGACCACCCUCAGGAAGGCGCAGUUCCUGGAGAAGUUGCACGAGGCUGAAGGCUACCUGGAGAGGACGGUGUAUUGCCUGCAGUUCGAACCCAAUUCGUCGGUGGAGGGUCAGAUCUGCAAGAUCGCCCGAGGUUCCCUGGCAGAGCUUAAGACGUGGAUCCAGACGGUGAAGGAACUGCCUGUCUCACACUUCUUGCCUGAAGAGGACGAGGAGGUGAAGCCGCAGUACAGCGAGGAGGACCUGACUCUCGAAACGUUGCUGAAGAAACUGGAGGAACAGUGAAGAAGGCGAAGGAGGAGAUAACCCCAAGAUGCAAAAAGCUGAUGAAAGACAUUUGACUGAACGGAUGAAUAAAUAAAUAAAUAGGGAAAUAAAUAAAUAGACAACUGGAUAGAGAGAGAUGAAUAAAUAGAUAAAUAGAUGGAUAGAUAGGUGGAGAAAUAG